CGCGUACCAAUAAAUACUUCUCUCUCUCUCUCUCUCUCCACGCAACCGAAGGUCCGAAACAACCGGGAACUACUCAUCCCACCGUACAGAAACGCACAUAUUAUCCCACUAAACGACGCCGUUAACCUGCCACAGCCUGUAAUACCGCACCUUCACCGGCCACCCAGGUUCCUUUAUCUCUUCACCCGACAUAUCUCUCUAUCUCUCUCUCUCGUUCCCGAGACAGUUCCUCUCAAUCUAGGUCACCGGGAGCUACGUUAUCGUCUCUGAUCUAUUUGGAUAAAUUUCUGCUGGGAAACUUUGAACAGGUGGAUGGCAGAUAAUGAGGAGAGAGAGGAAACUACUUCCCGUGGAAAUGGGUGGGAAGUAGUGUCACUCUCGGCAUCAACAUAUGCUGCUGCUCCUGAUCCUGGUCCAAAAGAGGUUGGAUUAAAUGAAGAUGAAACGGGUGAUGCAGUCAGAGAAGAUGAAGCUGAAGCUGAAACUUCACAUGCAAUGUUUAUGUCUGGUCAUUUUGUUUUUCCGCCAAGUCAGCAUGAAAAUUUGCCAUUAGAACCUGAACAGUCGGAGAUUUAUGUGGAACAGGGAGUUGAAGGUCCUGUUUCUGAAAUAGUUGCAGAGGAAGGAGGUAUGUCAAGUACAAAGACCGAAGAAAAUUGGAAUAUUAAAGGCAUGAGUAUGUCAGACGAAUUUCCAGGAAUUCAGUUUUUUGAUGAGAAGGGUAAUAAGUUAUCCAUCAGCGGUACAAACUUCGAAGAAGGCAUGACCCUGACUGGAUUGAAUUUGGGGGACAAAGAGCAGGGUAUUUACAGUAAUACCACGUUUAGUUCCUACCACAGUGAAGCAUCUAUGGGUGGAUCAGCUACAGUCGAGGAGAACUUGGGAAUUGCUGGACCAAUUGAAUCUCCAGACCAAGGCUUAGAUUCGGACAUCUCACAGUUGCCAAAGCGUAGAGAUGAAGAUAAAUAUGAUGGACCUGACCAACCUUGUGAAGCUUGGUGGAAAAGGCGAGCUGCUUCUUUGUAUACUCGUGCUAAAGAAGCGAAUGCAUUUUGGUCUAUUUUCAUUGCUGCAGCUGUGAUGGGCCUUGUAAUUAUUGGGCAGCACUGGCAGCAAGAAAGAUGGCAGGUUUUGCAACUUAAGUGGCAGUUUGCCGUCAAUGAUGAGAGGAUGAGCAAGCUGCUGAGCCCCUUAUCUCGAUUGAAAGACGUCAUUGUGGGCGGACACCGACGGGGCUCCUUUAUUGGCAGCAGAACUUCAACAGAUCAUUAAGAUGAUGACAGAAAACCAAAGAGAGAAUGGUAGAGAUUGUGAUAUUCUAGUUUGCUUCUUAAUGUGAAUGAUCUAUUUUACUCGUGGCGAGAAACCGAGCAACAUGUUAAUACUUGCUUGUUAUGCUGCUAUUGUUUCGGUGGUGGGUUUUUUAUAUAUAAGAGCAGGAAUGUUAGUAUGCUUGACGAAGAUUGAAGAAGUCACACCCACCCACCCACAAUUGCACGAUUCUUUUAGGGGAUUUGCAAGUUUUCUUUAAUCUUUUGCUUAGUUGAAUCUCUCCUCUAAAGGCCGCCACAAAGUUAAAUCUGCUAUACCUCUCAUAGUUGGUAUUUUGUGAUUGAUUCAUUUUGCUGAAUUUGCAAUUUGUGGAGUAGAGUGAUGUGUCAUGUCAAAAUUUAUUUCUUUAUAUCAUUGGACUCGUAUCGUAUUUAAAUUAUAUAUUGUGGUGUUGGUCGAGUUUGGAUUGGUCUAUUUAUGUGGAAUUUUUUUCUUUAUAUCAUUUUUUUUUAAAGAAAACUCGUAUUGUAUCGUAUUUAAAUUGUAUAUUAUGC